CGUCGAAUCUAUUUUUAACUCUUACGCAGUCCACGUUGUGCAAUGGGCUUUGGUUGUUGAGUUUAUAUUUUCAGCUGUGAUAUCAAUAGGCUGAUUUUCAGUAAAUGUGACAAGUGGCCUUUGCAGUGGUCAGCUCCAAGCUUUGAACCCUCUGAGGAGGAGGAAAAAAAAACAAACAACCUUGUGUUGCAGUUUCGGGAAACCUUGGAUCGAGGACGUUGGUGUUUUGUUUUUUUUUUUCCCCACUCCUGCUUUCCCUAUUGAUAAACUCGGCUCUCCUGAUCAUGGUCUAUUUGAGCUGCUUCCCAUCUGAUUUUUCACAACUGCUUCAAAAAAAUUACCAAGACGACCAAGAAUAGAACUUAUCUCCAUUGCUUUACAUAAAAAUGGCUGGGUGCACUGCCAUGCUAACACUGCUCUAAGUGAUACAUGCAGGCUGGUACACAGUAGCCACAUGGUUCACAAAAUCACGGAGAUGGUUUUGCUGAAAAUACCUGUCAAUACCACUUUUUGAAGACUAUAACACAAGAACAACCUGAUUUUGGAUGACAGUCAUGUCCCAUUCUAAGGAUCUCAAGGACGACUUCCACAGUGACACUGUGCUUUCCAUUUUAAAUGAACAGCGCAUUCGGGGCAUUUUAUGUGAUGUCACCAUCAUUGUGGAAGAUACCAAAUUUAAAGCCCAUAGUAAUGUGCUGGCGGCUUCAAGCCUUUACUUUAAAAACAUUUUCUGGAGUCGUACUAUCUGUAUUUCAGGUCAUGUUCUGGAGUUAGAUGAUCUCAAAGCUGAAGUGUUUACAGAAAUACUGAAUUACAUCUACAGUUCCACAGUAGUUGUCAAGAGGCAGGAGACUGUAACGGACCUUGCAGCUGCAGGGAAAAAACUGGGAAUAUCAUUCCUAGAAGAUCUUACAGAUGUUAAUUUUUCAAGCUCCCCGUGCCCCUACGCAUACUGUGUUAAUGAAAAAGGGACUGUCAAAGAGGAAAAACAUGAAAAGAGACAUGAAGACUCCUCUGUGACAAAUGGACCACGCAUUACAAAUGCAUUCUCAAUCUUUGAAACAGAAAACAGUUUGUUUUCUCCGCUUGAUUUGAGGGCAAGCUUUAAAAAGGCAUCUGAGACAAUACAAGCUCCCAGCAUCAGCCUUGACAGAAGCGAUGUCUGCAAAGAUGCUGAGCCAGCCAGUACACUGGCUGAACACUCCUAUGCAGUUUCUUCUGGGGGAGACACUUUUCAAGGACCACCCUUUCUUGAGCAGGACAGGAGCCCUUCGUACAAUGUGGGUGAAGACCACUAUGAAAAUGUCCAAGCCACACCACUUGUUCAGCCGGGAAAACAAGCAUGUAAUACUCCUAAAACAGCUUUUAAGCCCCAAGGUACUGGUUUGGCUAUAGCAAAAGUACCUGCCUCUACAGUAACCACUACAGAAGCUCAACAAGAAGCAGUUACUGAUCAGACAAUUACUUCCCUUCCAAAACCUCAGAAUAAAGCAGGAGAUUUGCAUUUAUCAAGAGAAGAGGAAAACAAUUCUGCUAACGCCUCUGGAUCUGUGGCGACUGUCGUUCCGCCCGUUUACAAUUGUCACUCUUGUGCAGAAUCAUUCAAUGACAGGGCGUUACUGACUACUCAUCUUCAACUCCAUUCAGAGCAUCAGGAAACUUUAAUAUGCAAAUACUGCAGCAAACAAUUUGCAAAUCUAAAUAUACUGGAAAGCCAUGAGCAAGUCUGCAUGAGAUCAAGUGGCUUACCAGUUCAUAAUGGAAACGAACAAAAUUUAGAGGAUAACUAUACUGCUGCGGAUGGAAGGAAUGGGAGUUCAUAUGCAAAUGCAGAGCCUCUAUUGUCUGAGAACAGCAUCACUGAUUAUUCUAAUGCAAACCGCACUUUACCAGAAACAGAUCAUUUGGUUAAAGUCGUUGAUGGGCAGAUAUUAUAUACUUGCGUUGUCUGCAAGCGUAGCUAUGUAACAUUGUCUAGCCUUCGAAGACACGCAAAUGUGCAUUCAUGGAGAAGAACAUAUCCUUGUCACUAUUGCAAUAAAGUAUUCGCAUUAGCUGAGUAUCGCACCAGACAUGAGAUCUGGCACACGGGAGAAAGACGGUAUCAGUGCAUUUUCUGUCUGGAGACUUUUAUGACUUACUAUAUACUAAAAAAUCAUCAGAAGUCUUUCCAUGCAAUUGACCAUCGCCUCUCAGUUAAUAAAAAGACAGCCAAUGGAGGCUUGAAACCAAGUAUGUACCCAUACAAACUUUAUCGACUCUUACCUAUGAAAUGCAGGCGACUACCUUAUAAGUCUUACCGAAAUUCUUCAUAUGAAAAUGUUCAAACAAGUAGCCAAGUUAAUGAAACUGCUUCUACUAACUGUUUUAUUCAGAGUUCUCUUAGCUCUGAGCUACCACCACUGAAUUUUCAACAUAAUAUAAUAGCAACAAACAGAACUCUUGCCUUGGAUACAUCUUCAUGUAAUGAUGCAGCAGCUUCCACAAACACUCAGAAUUCUUCCUCUUGGGGAGUAGGGAUCUUAAAUUCUGACCUGCAAAGGGACUUUUUCACAGCUGAAAAAAGAGUUUCCACUGCAGCAAGUGACUCUGCUACUCAGGAGUGUGAUUCCUCAGUUGUGUCUUUAACUAAUGUGACUGAAAACUCAACCUCUGUCAUCAGUUACAGCAGUUCUGCCCCCUCUGUUAUAAUGCACAGUAGCAGAGUUUCAUCAGUUAUAAUGCAUAGUAAAACAAUUACUUCUGUAGAAAACAAUAAGACACAAUCUUCAAAUAAUCUACCUAGUCAGUCUGUAAAUGAUGAUUGUAAAUAUGGGUCAGAUAAUUAUGGUAAGUGCAUUACAAAAUCAAAAACUAUUAAGGAUAAAAAGAAAACGCUGCUGUACAACAGAGCAGAAGCAACUGAGGAUUCACAGCAUAUCACAGGAUCUGGAGGGUCAUCUAGCAAAACAAUAAAUACCGUCCAAGAAUCAAGUAAGACUGAAACAUAUAUUGCAAAGCCUGCCCUACCUGGAACAUCUACUGACAGCAAUGUUGCACCUCUUUGCCAAAUAACGGUAAAAAUUGGUAAUGAGGCUAUUGUAAAAAGACAUAUAUUAGGAUCUAAGCUGUUUUGUAAAAGGGGCCGAAAAUCUAAACAUGAGUCCAAACAGGACAAUCUAAAUGAGGAAUCAGAAAUGGAGGUGAAAGAAAGAAGCCCAUCUAGGCUUUAUAGCUCAGAAUGCCUGGAGCCAACAGAAAUGUGUGAUGAUGUAAGUGACCAGGACUCCAGCGAUAAACCCUGGAGACCCUAUUAUAAUUACAAACCAAAAAAGAAAUCCAAACAGCUAAGAAAAAUGAAAAAGACCAAAUGGAGGAAAAAGCAUGGAAGCAAGAACACAAUUAUGGAAAGCCACAACACAAGCAGUAGAGAAUACGCACUCAGGAAUGCUCCUGAGGAAAAGGCAGUCAGUCAAGAAGAGAACACAGAAAUGCCUAAUCUUCCUUGUGAGCUCUGUGAGAGAGAUCAGUCUUCCACUGCAGAAAGUCAAGAGCACGUACACUGGCAUGGAGCUGCCUCAAAGCCUUACGUUUGUGAAUUAUGCCAAAAGCAAUUUCAAAGUCCAUCCACUUUAAAAAUGCAUAUGAGGUGUCACACUGGGGAAAAGCCCUACACUUGCAAAACCUGUGGUAAAUGUUUCUCAGUCCUUGGAAAUCUACAGAAACAUGAACGCAUUCACCUGGGUGUCAAAGACUUUGUCUGCCAAUACUGUAAUAAGGCAUUCACUUUAAAUGAAACGCUCAAAAUACAUGAAAGAAUUCAUACUGGAGAAAAACGCUAUCACUGUCAGUUCUGCUUUCAGAGCUUCUUGUACCUUUCUACCAAAAGGAACCAUGAGCAAAGGCAUGUACGUGAGCAUAAUGGCAAAGGAUAUGCUUGCUUUCAGUGCCCCAAAAUUUGCAAGACAGCAGCUGCUCUGGGAAUGCACCAGAAGAAGCAUCUAUUCAAAAGUCCAGGUCCACAAGAUAGAAAGGAACAGUUUUGCAAUGAAAGCACUAAACUUUUGGAAAAUCCUCAUUUCCUUGGUUCAGAAGGAAGUGAGGUAAAAAAUACACAAAAUGUAACUCCAGAAGUUAUACUCUGAGUGACAGUUGUGAAGAAGAGAAAUUCAAAACUAUAUACUGGAGAAAAUAUGGAUGCAUUGAAUGGGGAAACAUCUCCAGUCAAAUUAGUACCAUUUACUAAGGUCAAAUACUUAUCUAAACGUGUCAGUAUAUGCAAAAGAAAGAAAAAUAACAGAAAAGAAAAACUAGUAUUUGCAAUAAUACAAACUUAAUAUGAAAGGCCCCAAAUUCUUUUGCCACAAUCAACUUCUAAUAUAUAUAUAGAGAGAGAAAGAAAAUAUGACCAACCACAAUCCUGCUGCUUAGCAUUACAGGAUGCUAGUCACUGAACUAUUUUACAGUGUUCUUUUUGGGUCAGAAUCGUUCUAGGCAAAAUAAAUAUGUAGGUUCACAGUGUACUCUGUAGAAGGAGUUAUUGCUGCAGAAACCAUAUAUUGCAUUUUUAAACAAAAAUUAAUAUGUUUAUAAACAAAGUAAUUGUAAUCUAGUGUAUUCUAAAGUGAACGUGGGAAAUGUUUCAUGAACUUGGGUAUGCUGAAGUACAGUUGAGUUCUGGCGUGCUUUUCUGUAGCUCAACCUUUACAAAACAUAUUCAGGGGUUUAAACCUCUUUUCCUUUCAUUUUUGUAUUUACCAUAAUAACCAUUAAGUCUUGAGUGCUUGUGUAGAAAGUAUUCCGGAUUUAUGAUAUCUCUCAGACAUGUAAUAAAGAUUAAGUAAAACUCACAAUAGCCAGUCUUCCAAACUGCAUAAAUCCCAAUAUCAGUGGCCUGGUAGAGCUAUUCAGGUGCACCUGUCUGAAGAAAAUUGCUCUCACGAAACAACCUAGUGAAAAGUAAAUCCUGUAUGUAAGCAUCCACCUCCUGGUGGGUCUGCAACUCCUGUCUUUUAUGAAUGUCAUUAUUCUUGGCAGAAGAGGAGAUUUAGACAUUGGACUUCCUCCUCAUCCUGGAAUAAUGCCUGGAUAACAAAUAACAGAGCAACUCACCAUAAAUACUUUUAUUUUUGGGAAGGGUAGGUAAAUACUCAGAUUCUUGCUUCCGUAUAUAUCCCUGAAGCAAACUCUGCGUACAAAAAGGGAUAGGGCCAGUUUAUGGGGCUUCCUGUCAUUCCCAUGCCUUAAAUACAACAUCUCACUUUCACACAUCCUUUCCUGGUUAAAUCCCAAACCAUGCCUGCACCUGGCUGCAGGCAGGCUCCCUGUCACAGUAUCCCUUUGCUCAACAGAGUGGGUGAAUAGCACAGAGGUGCCUGGCAUGGGUUGAUGGAGGAAGAGAGAGAUGUUGGUUCUUCAUCCUUCCUCAUCCUGCCACACCAAAGGGUUAGCUUCAGAGUUUGCUAAGAAUCUAGAGAGUAGGCUUCUGAAAGACAUCACUGAAAUACUGCAAGUAGUAGUAUUUUGUGAAAAUGUGAUUAACUGCGAUUAAAAGAUUAAACAAAAAACAACAAAGGGUGUAUGUCUAGAAAUUGCAUUUUAUAUGAUAGGGCUCUGUUGUAAUGUACCUGCAUUUCCAGUUAGUCAUGUAUGUUCAUCUCUGUGAAGUGUUAAAAAAUUAAGUCAGAACAAAGGUUAGUGAUCCUCGACUUCAUUCUACAUGCAGAUAUGGUAUACAGUUUGUUUACUUACUUUGUCUUCUUGAGUAUUUUAAAAGAAACUAUAGGGGUACAAUAAAACUACAAUUGAAAUGGUAAUACAGUAUUGAUUGAAGUAAUAAUAUAGUCCACUUAUUUAUUCUGUCAUUGGUGAAUGCUGUGAACCCCAUGAGAAAUUCUGGGUUCAUGGCAGCUUUGGUUCCAUUUAAAUAAGGAUAAUAGAAGAAUAAACACAGGAAAGUAUGACGAUCUUUUAAAGAAAGUACACAGGAAUAUCUGCAAAGUGGACUUGUAUGAUGAUAAUUAUAGACCAAAGCAAAUAAGGUAGAAUAUUUAUAAAUAUAAAGAUAAUUUUACAAAUAUUUUAUAUAACUGUAUAGUUCAUAAGAAAAAUAUUGAUAGCUUGUGUUAGGUUUGGGGGGUUUGUAUAUUUUGAUAAAACCACAAUGACUUUGUAACUCUGUAUAUUCUCUACAGUUUAUAGCAAAGCAGUUUUAAGAUGGCAAUGUCAUGUUUAUAGUUCAAUUGUGGCACUUUUAUUACAAGUAACAUGUUGCAGUAAUGAGUCAAGUAUUAAUGACCAAAUUAGAAUUAAAGUAAGCGUAGGAGAAGGUAAACUAUAUGUUGUCAAAGACUGUCAUUUGCUACAUAAUCACAUCUGUAUUUUUGUUUAGAAGAAAAUAUUAAAUGCAGAUGUUAAGGAUUGAUAAAGAGUCUAAUUUUAUUUUUAGAAAGAGUGAUUAUAACUCUGUUUUUGCUUAAUUAAAAUAACAUCUUCCUCUU